UCUAUUCUUUUUCUUUUCUGUUUCAUGUUGAGAGAGCUUCGUUGCUGAUUGAGGUCUCGUUGCUUCCCUUCCAGCCAACUACUUGAAAGAUCUCCGGACAAAUCGACCGCUUCGUCCUAGCGGUUCCAGACCGCUUCCAUCCAAACCACCGGGUUCCACCGCUCAGCAAGUUAAGGGGAAUUCACCACCACGAGCGUCUUCCGCCAUGUCGUCGUAUGCUGUGGCCAGUGGACAGCCUGUCGAGUCUGCUGUCGAGGAAGGUUCGCCGCCGCGGGCUUCACCACCACGAGCUACCAGCGCCAUGUCUCACUGCCGUUCAAGCCCCUCACGGAUGUCCUACGGAAGCUCCGCGGGCCGGCCCUUAGUUCAGGAACCAAAGACUACUGAGCCAAGAACUAUUCCCAUCCGGAAGAAUAUCUCGCCCCCUCAAAUAUUUUCUCGUCCCAUUUCGGUCUCGCCCAAUGCGGCCUAUAAAGAAAGUGACCAACGGCGAAUGGAAAAGGAAGAGGCACGGUCUUUGAGGGAUGCGCUGGAGGAGGUGGAUCUUCAUGACGAUGUUCAUCUUCACCAAGCGGCUCAGGAUGAAGCCACGGAGCUCGUUUGGAUGCACCAGAAUCCCGGCGUGCCUUACAAGAACCCUGGUGCCCCGUAUAGAAACCCCGACAUAGAGAAGCGUGGUCAAAGUCCAGAUAAAACCAAUCGCUCCCCAAGCCAGUACCGUGGAUUUCGAAAGAAUUUCAUGUCUUCCCCGCGACGGAAUAGCCGCCAGUCGGCAUCAGAUAGUUCCUCUGACGGGCUCCAUGGUCUUGGCCUGGAGGACUCACCCAGCAGACAAAGCCAGACGGAUUCAAAUGGGGAGGGGUUUAGCCCCAAGAGGAACAGUUUAUUCCGCAAGAACUUGAAGGUGAAUUUUGCGUUGCCAUCUGAGGAGACUUCGUUCACGCCCGCAGUUGACACCAUCGGGACCAACAAGACCACGUUCAGCAGCGAGGCAUCAAAAGGAGUUUUUCGCAAUCCGAAUGAUCAGAUCUACGAGGAGCCAGAUGAAUCACAGUCCAAUCCCACCAAUGAUCGGCCCGACUUUUCUAGAUCCGACUCGUCUGCUUUGAGGAACAGACCACGGAAUAUUUUCCCGCGAGGCUCUCGACCACUUCCUAGUCGUUUCGGCAGUCUUUCUUUUGUGGACAAACUCGCCAAGUUCGACCUCCACAAAAACUCCCAGACCCAGUCGCGAAAUCCAGAAUACAUGGUGAACGAGCCUAUCACCCAACCUGACCCUGUGGCAAAGGUUGCAGAAGAGGAGACUGUUCAAACAGAAGGUGGGCUUGAGAUUCGGGGUGAUGAUAUUCGUGCAGCCACGAGCAAGAAACGCACAGAUCGAAGUUCAAAUCUCCCUAUGCCGAGUGCUGUCAGUGACCGGACUGGUAGGCCUAUCGUGAGCUUUGAUCCCACCUGGAAGCCGACUGAGGCAGCAUCACCCGGUCGUAAUCGCGAUAGUCUGAUAGGCCGUGAAUCUUCUUCCCCAACACCACCGCCGACAGCCCCUACGAUUCAAGUAUCUGAUGCUCCCACGAUUCAAGUAUCGGAGGCACCCUCAAUCCAAGUGUCUGAAGCACCUUCGAUCCCGGUGAUCAACCUUCCUGACAAUAAGGAGCCAACAAUCUCGGAGAUAGAAGCCAGCUCAAGGCCUCUACCGGAGCCGACAAGGGACAGCAGUCGACGCCCGACCUCCCCCAGGAAACAGCCAGCGGCACCGCAGAAUCGAUGGUACUCUCCGUACACCCGCGCUGGUGUUCCAACCGCAAAAUGUGAAUCGUGCACCCUCCCCAUUGCAGGAAAAAUCGUUACAGCAGCUGGAUCCCGAUUCCAUCCAGAAUGCUUCGUGUGCUCCCAUUGCCAAACUCCUCUGGAAUGUAUUGGGUUCUACCAAGAGCCUGAGACCAAGCGGAAUGAAAGAUUAGCGCAAACACCAGUUGAAGAUGAAGAAGCGCGUGCCGUCCGAUUCUACUGCCAUCUGGACUUCCACGAACUGUUUAGCCCGAGAUGUAAGAGCUGUAAAACCCCCAUUGAAGGCGAAGUGGUUGUGGCUUGUGGAUCCGAAUGGCAUGUCGGCCACUUCUUCUGCGCUGAAUGUGGUGAUCCAUUCGAUUCGCAAACACCAUUUGUUGAAAAGGACGGUUUCGCUUGGUGCCUUCAAUGCUACUCUCGCCGUACAGCUCCCAAAUGCAUGGGCUGCAAGAAGCCCGUGCAGGAGGAUUUGGUUAUCUCUGCCAUUGGCGGGCAAUGGCAUGACGAGUGCUUCAACUGCCACGAGUGUGGCCAUGGCUUCGGUCCCAACGGUCGGUUCUUCGUGCGGGAGGGCGAACCCAAGCGGACCGCCAAAGGCCGGAUCAUUGGAGGUCCGGUUCAGUUGGCCUUUUGCGAGGACUGCGAGUCCAUCCGGCUUAAGUCGGCUUCACUCAGGUACUGAUUGCAGCGGCUGGCUUCGGCUUGGACAAUUAUUGGCAUUUUGAGGAG